AAAAAAAAAAAAACACGACCACCAACGUGCAUCAACAGUACCACCCGCAGCACCAGCACCCAAACUACAUCUAGAAUAGCACCUGUUCCAGCCUCCAAUCUACGUCGUCUUUGUUCUUGUCAGUCAUUCCGAAAGUUUGUGCAGCAGCAGCUCUGAAUGUCUUUAUGCUUUAAUCAUGGUGUAUUUUGCCACCAACAACAACACCGACACUAUACGCUGCUAUAUUAGAAUCUUUCUGAUUACGAAUCAUGACAGAAGGACAUGAAAGCGAUUUCUUAGUUACAGUACGCGCACAGGUAAUGACCAGAGACGAGAGCACCGAGGGCUGGCUACCGCUGGCCGGGGGUGGUCUGGCAAAUGUUUCGAUACGCAAACGUGCUAGAUUAUCCCCAUUGGCAACGGGUCAUGACUACAUCAUCUAUGGGCAAAGAAUCUCUGAUCAAAGUGUUAUCUUAAGCUGUGUCAUUAAUCGUGAUCUUAAGUAUUACAAGGUAAUGCCAACAUUUCAUCAUUGGCGCGCCGGAAAACAGCGCAACGGACUCACCUUUCAAACAGCAGCCGAUGCCCGCGCCUUUGACAAGGGUGUAUUGCGGGCCUACAAUGAAUUAAUUGAUGGACUGGCCAAAUCAAACCCGACUAUAAUAUGCCCACCAUUGACCAAAUAUGAUUCUGUUGGUGAAGAUGAUGUAUUCAUGACCCUGGACUUACCUGUGGAAAGUGAAAGUUUACAAAAAGUACACUCAAGCCCGGAGGGAAGUGAGAAAAGUCACAAAAGCGUUAGUGAACGCUACAGCAACAAUUCCGAUUCGGAGAAGCUACCGGCACCGACUAUACACUACAUAUCGACAGACAAAACAGUCACGCCAGGCAACAAUAACUCCUCCUCCAGUGUAGCUGUGGCCGACGCAACGGGCCAGCCCACGCCGAUUCCGCCUAGCGAGAACUAUUCAUAUGUGACACUGACAGCGGUCCAUCAUGACUACAACUAUUCAGUGGUCGAUCAGCCGGUGGGAGCUCAAGUGCUCAAUGCACGUCGCGAAUCCAUAAGCGCAGUGAAGAAGCGGAACGCUUUAGAAGCGGCCCAAGCAAUGGCUGCCGCUCAAACGGCAACUGGCACGGCCAGCAAGCCGUUGCACAAACCCAACGUUUCCGACAUCUUGAAGAAGGAGACACGUCUGCGUUGUCGUUACUGUCACGAGCUGUAUAGCGAAGACUUCAAUCGGCGGGGGGCGUGUGAGUAUGCACCGGAUCCAUUUCGCAGUGGGUACGAGUGCAUAUCUGGAAUGGGCUGUGCUCGCUGUAUGAUCUACCACUGCAUGAGCGAUGCCGAGGGCGAGACAGCGCAGCAUCCAUGCGAAUGCAACGUGAGUGAGUCGGGCUGCACCAAACGCUGGCUUGGACUGACGCUACUUUCGUUGGUUGUGCCAUGCUUGUGGUGCUACCCGCCGCUACGUGCGUGCCACUGGAUGGGUAUUCAUUGUGGCGUAUGUGGCGGCCAGCAUAAACCGCAUGUCUGACAUUUGGAGGCUAGAUUGCAAGGACAAUUCGUUGACGACCCCAGGCACAACAAGCACACAAGCAAGCAUGAGCAUGAAGAGAGCGAGGAAUAUAACAAGCGACAACUCUUGGCCAGGCAGCUGCAGAAGCUCAAGCAGCGCCAACAACAUCAGCCCCAGCAGCAGCCACAGCGACACUUUUACAACUGGGAGCUGUCCCACAGCUUGGGCGCGCCACAGCAGCAACCGCUGUAUUUAAUGCAGCCAAGAAGUAGUAAGGCGGCGCCUAACGACUAUGGCCGCUUGUUGUUCUAAAAGUUUAUCAUUUGCUUUGUGUUUUAUGUUCUGUUUUCUAUAGUUUUAUCUUUUAUGUGUAGCAUUUGAUUAGUUUGCCAUAAUUUAUUGUACAUACAAAUUUAUGCUACAGGGCUUAUGCAUCUAUUAUUUUAACUGUAACAUUAUACUUAGACACAGAAACUUAAUUAUAUUUUUGUAAAAUCGC